GCAGUUUAUCCGAUUAUUGUGUUAGGUGAUUGAAAUUCACGAACGACAUCGGUAUUCAUGAUGGAUUUAGACGGGAAACUUUUAAUAAAGGUUCGUUUGGAUGACGACAUACGCGUGAUCCCUAUUCAUAAUGAGGAGAUCACGUAUGAUGAACUUUUGGUAAUGAUGCAGAGAAUUUUUCGGGGAAAAUUGGAUGCAGAUGAUGAAGUACUGAUCAAAUAUCGCGACGAAGAUGGGGAUAUGAUCACGAUUUUCGAUUCAAAUGAUCUAUCUGUUGCAAUUGGAUUGAGCCGUCUGCUGAAGCUGACGCUGUUUCUGAAGCCGAAGUUGAAAAAACUUGAAUAUGAUGACCUAUGGAAAAUGAGGAAGUCUUUGCAGAACAUUCGCGGAGCCGUAGACAAGCUACUGGAAAGAUUAGAUUUAUUUGAAAAGGACGAUAAAAUUAACAGCGAAGGAGAUGCGACUGUGGUAGAGAAAUCGGAAUCCAUUCCAGUGAAACCGAUCUGUUCCAAAGAAUUCGACCCUCUUGAACAAGACCGAGGCAGUCGAUCUUCUCUAGAAUCGGAUGAACAAGAUGGCAAGGGAAUACUGAAUGGAACUGCAGGAUUAUCGGAACCGCCGAACGUCCAGCACGGGAUGCAUCCACAAUCGAGCCAACCUCAGGUAGGUAUUCCUGGUGCGCGUCCGUUGCCGUCAGCUGGUCAAUUCAAUCCUGUUCUUAAUCGCCCCCCGCAUCCGAUGCCUUCUGCUGCUCAGCCAACGGUACCUGGUGUACCCCGUGCAGAUCCGAUGAGUGCCCAACAAUUCUCACCGAGGUUGAUGCAUCCUCAAGCCCCGGGUCAACCCAUGCAACCACGAUUGGGUUUGCAGCCACAUCCGCAGAUGCCGCAGUUUCAGCCUAUUCGACCGGCUGGCACUUUUCAGCAUCAACAUCCGCAAGCAUCAGAAAUGCAUCCACUACCUGGACCACUUCCUGGCCCUCCACGUGCUCCCAGUUCAGUACCCGGGCCGCAGCAUCCACCAGGACCCAUUCCUGGGGCACACAUGCAACCUGGCCAGGUAACCGGGCCCCAACAUCCAGGCAUGGCAGGUCCACAGCAAAUGCAAGCACCACAUGCAGCCCAAGCUCCAACGUGGCAGUACCCUGCCACAUCUGUUCCUGGACAACAACCACAACAACCCGCUGCGGGAUUGCCUUAUUAUCAACCGCAACCGCAGUACCCGCAGCAACAGGCACCGCAUCAACAACAGCCGCCUCAUCAACAACAGCCGCCUCAUCAACAACAGCCGCCUCAUCAACAGGCCCCGCAUCAACAGCAUCCACAACCACCGCAACACCAAUCCCCGUCUCCGCAUCCUCAACAGCCGCCGCAGCAAAUGCAAGCUCCGACGAGCUCGGCUCCUCCGUCGUCCACGCCGCCCAUGGGCCCACCGGUGGGUGUUGGAGCUGGACGAAUUAAUCCGUUUAGUGCCCGCAAUUCCUCUGCGACUGUUCGUCCUCAAUAUCCAUAUUUUCAGCAACCACCGCAACAAUAG